UUUCUCCCAGCUUCUCAUUCUCAAACGAAUUCUCAGAUCCACUUGAUCUAAUUGUCUAUUAAAACGAGCAUUUUGGUAAUACUUUUACAAUCUAAGGGUAGAAAAGGGUUUCAAUUGAAGGGAACGCAUACUGAGUAAAAAGGCUUUUAAAUCUAUGCUAAUAAGGUUCAUUUUUAGCCUCGUCCUCUAUAGUUCUACAUUAAUUCCAAUUUGGUGAAAUGGAAGAUGAUGUUGUGUAGGUUCUCACUUGCAUCUCCUACAACUAGACUUCUCUUCAAAGGAAGGCAUAGGAGGAACACACAACGUUGCAUACUUAAACAAACAGCCAUUCACGUGAUCUUCUUGGCACGUUGGUUUCUCUAUCCUUUUGCUCUGCUUAAAGUCAUUUGUUCUAGACCUAUAGACUAUCACUGAAGUUCUACAUCUUAUAUGUAUUUGUAUUAACGAAAAAAAAGAAAAAAAAUAAAAGCCUGUGAGAAUCUGGAAGAAGAAAGGAAAAAUGGAUAUUGUUACAGCAGUUAUAGGAAAAAUUGGAGAGAUUUCGGUGGUUCUAAUUGCAAAACAUAUUGGUUAUCUCAUUUACUACGAACGGAACACGGAAGCUCUCGAAGAUCAUUUACAGAAACUAGAUGACAGGAGAGUUGGAGUAGAACAAUCCAUCACUGCGGCCGAAUUGAAGCAAGAAGUAACCUCUCCAGAGGUGAAAAGCUGGCUUACAAAGGUGGAACAGAUCACUAAAGAUUUGGAAAAUGACAAUACUAAAAGGAAAUGCUUGAAUGGGUGGUGUCCAAAUCUGAAGGCACGAUAUUCCUCAAGUAGGAAUGCUAAAAAGAAAAUGCAAAUCAUUGGUGAGCUUCUACAAGAAGGUAGUAACUAUGAUGUGGUUUACAAAGUUGCUCCUCCACCAUACACAGGAUCAUCAUCAUCCUCUGGAGAUUUCAAGCAUUUUGAAUCGAGAACAUCAAUUAUAAAUGAAGUUUUGAUUGCUCUGAGGGAUGACAAGACCAACAUCAUUGCAAUAUGUGGUAUGGGUGGGAUCGGAAAGACAAAAAUGGCCAAAGAGAUAGCAACAAGAGCGAAAACUGAUAAUUUAUUUGAUAAAGUAGUGAUUGCAGUGGUGUCUCAAAGUCCAGAUUUGAGAAGGAUUCAAUCCGAAGUUGCAGAAAAGCUAGGUCCGAGACUUAAUCAAGAGAGUCUAGAUGGAAGAGCAAAUGCACUAUAUUCAAGGCUAGUGACGUGCAGGGAUGUCCUUGUAAUAUUAGAUGAUAUGUGGGAAACACUUAAUCUAAAGGAUGUUGGAAUUCCUUAUGGAGACCAACAUAAGAGCUGCAAAAUCUUGAUUACAUCACGUAGUGAAGAAACCUGCAAUAUGAUGAAAGCUCAAAAGAUUUUUUCAAUCAAACCGUUAUCUGAAGGGGAAACAUGGAACCUAUUUGGAGAAAUGGCAGGUAAUUGUAUUGAGACUCCCAAUCUGCACCCAAUAGCAAAAAAUGUCGCAAAGGAAUGUGGAGGUUUACCAGUAGCGAUUGUCACCAUCGGUAGAGCCCUUGAAAACAAAAGCGAGGAGGAGUGGAUUGCAGCACUUGAGCAGCUUCAAAAGUCUAUACCCAAAAAUAUUCACAACGUGCAUAAAGAGGUCUAUUUAAGUAUUCGGUUGAGUUUCAAUUUUUUAGAAAGUGACGAAGCUAGGUCAUGCUUUUUACUAUGUUGUUUAUUCCCAGAAGAUCAUAAUAUUCCCAUCGAGGAUUUGGUCAGAUAUGGAGUUGCACGAGAGUUGUUUGAUCAAAUUAAUACUAUAGCCGAAGCAAGACUACGAGUCCAUGCAAUGGUUCGGAAUCUUAGAAGAUCAAACCUAUUGUUGGACAGCAAGGAUGAAGAACAUGUCAAAAUGCAUGAUGUUGUACGAGAUGUUGCCAUAUCAAUUGCAUCCAAUGAACAUGGUUUUAUGGUAAGAUGCGAUAAUAAAAUGGAAGAAUGGCCACAAAAUGAAGGACAUUAUAAACUUUAUGCUGCGAUUUCACUUUUUUCUGAAAAAUUGAACAGGCAUCCAGAUGGGUUGGAGUGUCCCAAACUGGAGCUUUUGCAAAUGUCAUUAUCAUUCGGUGGAUAUGGUCCAUAUGGACAACGUUCACAGACUUUCCCAGCCAACCUAUUUAGUGGGAUGAAGGAACUUAAGAUUUUGUCCUUCCACUGUAUGUUCUCCCUGUCACUACCAUCAUCGAUCCGAUUCCUUCAGAACCUUCGAAUGUUGAGAUUGGAGUAUUGUAAGUUAGAAGAUGUGUCGGCAAUUGAAACACUUUUGAAACUGCAAAUGCUUAGCUUUCGUGGUUCUCAGAUCAAGGAGUUGCCGAGGGAAAUAAAAAAUUUGAGCUCGUUAAAGUUAUUAGAUUUGUCGGAAUCUCAAAUUGAGCUAAUUCCACCAGGUGUUCUAUCGAGUUUAUCUCGACUGGAAGAGUUGUACAUGGGAGAAAGCAAGUUUAAGUAUUGGGAAUCUCCAGAACGAAAUGGAAAGGGAAUCAAUGCAAGCUCUGCUGAAUUAUUUUCUUCACAGCAUUUGAUGGCUUUGGACAUUCGUAUACCUAUCAGGCUCUUGCCGAAAGACUUAAACUUGGAAAACUCAUUGAUGAAAUUCAGAAUAUUUGAAAGCGAGGAAGACUUUGAAUCAAGGUAUUGGAUGUCAAGAAGGCAUUGGAUGUCAAGGUAUCUGUUUGAAAAUAUUCUAGCUCUCCAAUGUAAUGCAAGUGAUAUUGCUGAGAGUCAAACGAUUCGUUUAAUGUUGCAUAAAGUUGAAGUUUUGUACUUGGUACGUAUACAUGAUCUAGUGAAGAUAUGCCACAGCCAAGUAGCAGUGGGAUCCUUUGGCAGCUUAAGAUAUCUUAAUCUACAUAAAUGCUCCUCAUUGAAAAAUGCCUUUCCAAUGUCCAUAGCGAGAGGUUUGCUUCAACUCCAACAGUUGAUUAUAGGUUACUGUUCUGUUAUGGAAGAGAUUUUCUCUGAGGAAGAAAAAGAUAUGAAAGCAUUACUGAAAAUGAUACAGUUUCCACAGUUGUACCAUGUGGAGCUGGAUUAUCUACCAAGACUAAUCGCUUUUUGUAAAGGCAUCGAUCCAGUAUCUGAGGUUCUCGAAUCUAGCCAUGUUAUGGCGCAACAACCAUCCUUGAAUCAAGAGCAGGUUGAAGGGCAAGACAUCCCUCAUAAAUUUCUUUCUUCCAUAAGCAUUUUCUGGGCACCCAAUCUACAACAACUUCAUAUCAGUGAUUGCUGGUCACUAGAAGUCGUAUUUGAUCUUGAUGGACUAGAGGUUGAGGAGAACCGUCAGGGAUUCAUAGCACUUUCUCAAUUGAGAAAUUUAAAGUUACAAACUUUAAGUAAGUUGAGACAUGUUUGGAAGAAUAUCCCACGAGGAUUUCAAUGCUUUCAAAACCUAAGAUUUAUUUAUUUAGAGAAUUGUUCCAGUCUACUAUAUUUAUUCUCUCCUUCUAUUGCAAAACUACUUGUGGGACUUGAAAGUGUAUCAAUAAAUUGGUGCAAUGAGAUAGAAAACAUUCUUGAAGUUGGAGAAGAAGAUGCAGCAGAGAUCAUCAUGUUCCCCAAACUUAGCUCCUUCGAAGUACUGAAUCUGCGAAAGCUCAAGAGGUUUUGCCCCCCAUCUUAUUUCUUUGAAUGGCCAUCCAUGCAUAAAAUCAAUCUGUCCCGAUGUCCCAACUUGAUAACAUUUAGUUCAGAAAUUCAAAGCACAACAAAGCCAAAGAAAAUAAAUGUGGGAUUAGAUUUGAGACUCCAAGACACUGGUACGACCGCCUCUGUAAAGGAUGCCCCUGAUUAUCUAGAUAGAUGCCUUGCCUGUGUCCCGCGUCGCAAGAAACUCCAAGGAAGUUCUUCCUUGGGAGGUAUUGAAACCGAAUUUCAAGUUAACAAGGAGGAGCUACGGCCUCUUAUUCCAUCAAGUUUGAUUAAGAGUUUGCAAAAUCUAGAAGAACUUAAAGCAGAAUUUUGUUAUUCAUUGGAAGCGAUAUUUGAGCUUGGAGGAGGACUAAAUCUUGAGAAAAGCCCUGCCUUCAUUGCAUGCAAUAAUUUGAAAGAAUUGCAGUUACGGAUUUUACCAAAGCUGGAGCAUAUAUGGAAGGUGGAUGGUCCACAAGAAAUUACAGGCUUCCACGAGUUGAGGCUGCUAGAAGUAUGUGGAUGUCAUAGUUUGAAAUACUUGUUCUCACCAUCCAUUGCGAAACUUCUUGUGAAAUUGGAACAAAUAAGAGUUAAGGGUUGCUACGAAAUGGAAGAAAUUCUAGCAAAAGCAAGAGAAAAUGAGAAAAGAGAUGUGACAUUCCCCAAAGUGCAUACCCUUUCACUUGAAUUUUUACCGAAACUUGAGUGCUUCUGUGUUGAAGCCAAUGCUUUUGAGUGGCCAUCCCUAACAACAGUAAGAGUGGUUGGAUGUGAUAAAUUGAAGAUGUUUGUUCCAACAAAAGUGGAAACGAAUGAGUUAGAGGGAAUAGAUACUGGAGGCGGAGAGUUUCAAUGCAUGGUUGGAGACCUUAAUGCCACCAUCCAACACAUGAUGAUCAAAUGCGAGGAAUGGCAAGCGCAUGAAGUCUCUUCUUCAUCGUCGUCCUCUGCAUCAAAGUCUCUUCUUGCCAAUUCAGGAGUGCAGGGAGGUUCAUAGAUGGUGUUGAGUUGGGGACUUAGAAGAUGGAAGAGGAAGGUAUCGGCAGCAACUCAAGAACUGAAGUGUUCUAAAGGUCGAAAGUGUUGACCUUGAAGCAGAUAUCGAUGAAAGAAUAAAGUUGGGCUAUGAGAGGAAAGUGGGCUUGCACGUAGUGGGCCAUGGAGAAUCACGGCUGGAGUUGAAGGCCCAUAUUACUUUGGAUUAUUUUAGUACGGUUUAGCUUUUAUUGGAGUCUCAGUGGUAUUUAACUUGUAAUAGCCCGUGGACUUUAAGGGCAUCUUAAUAUUUUUCUUGGUAUUUUACUUGUUAAGUCUCGUUUUCUUAAGUCGUUUAUGUGAUGUUAUAGAUUUAUCUAUGAAUAUUGUAAUUAGGCUCUGCAACGAAUUUAAAGAAGAGUUUCUGAUCAA